AGAGCUUUUAAACGGCGUUAGGUAAAGUUGUUUCCCCCAACGAAAAUCUCCGUCGUCCUCUUCGAUAUCUCACCGCCUCUCCUCGAAACCCUAAUAUCGGCGGCAAUCAUCAAUCUGACGAUUCAAACGCAGUGAAGCAAAAGCGAGAACUCUCAGAUGGCUCCAAACUCCAAAGCAGUGUCGAAGAGGCACAGACCACACGAGAAAUACGAUAAGAAACGGGAGACGAAGAAGGCUAAACUUGUUGAGAAGGAAGCUGUUACCAAUCAUCCAACAGAGGAGGAUGAUCUAGAUUCAUCUGAAGAAGAAGAAGAUCCUAUUGAGGACGAACCGGAAGCAGUUGUUUACAGAAAACCGACGACUUACGAUAAUUUGCUGGCGUCUCUCGGUUCAUCUAACAAAGCCGUUGCUGAUAUGAACAAAAGAAGGCAGAGAGAGGAGGAAGGUAAAAGCGACACAGAAGGAGAUGAUGAUGACAGUGGGUCUGAGGAUCAAAUCUCUACAGACGGAGAAGAUGAUGAGAUUCAAGGGGACGAUCAAGGUCUUACUGAGAACACAGAGAAGGAGAACAAUGAUAAUCAUAGCGAGGAAGAAGAUUCUGACCGUUAUGAAACGGACGAGGAGCUUGAGUUGAGUACCAAUGGCCAACCGUUAGUAGAUGCUUCUUCAUCUGCUAGUGCAUUUAACGAGCACCUUAGUCACAUAUUAUCAAGUGAAGAAUUGAAAACCUUACCCGAAGGCAAGUGGAAAUUUAAAUGGGAAGCACCGGCCAUCGACAUGCCAAAUUGCAGGUGGAAAGGAACUAGACAUAAUUUCCUCGAUGCUGUUCAGAGUGAUGCACCUUAUGGCCUCAAGCCGAAGUUAUUUAAGCACUGGCUUCAAUUAUACCAGAAAUCUGGUGGGAAGGAUUUUGACUCAUCUAAAAGAAGAAGAUUCUUCUCCAUUUGCAACAGCUACCUGGAUAUUUUGCAUUGUAACAAGAGACCAUUUUACAAUAAAGGCCGUGAAGAAGACUCAAGUGCCAUGGACGCUUAUCUUAUGCAUUCUCUGAAUCACAUUUUUAAAACGAGAGAUCUUGUGAAGAAGAAUGAAAGUAAAAUUGCGAAGCAUCGAGAGACGUCUGAAGAGGAAAUUCUUUCUGAUGAUGGAUUCCUUGACCAAGGAUUUACUCGUCCAAAGGUAUUGAUUCUACUACCGAUGAGGAGUAUUGCCUUUCGCGUUGUUAAGAGACUCAUACAACUAACUCCAGAAUCUCAAAGGGUUAAUGUAGAACACCUUGACCGGUUUAAUGCUGAGUUUGGAUGUGAAGACGAAUCUGAUGACGAUGAUGAGAAGACAUCCAAAAAUGGAAAGUCGACAACCCACAAGUCUUCAAAACCUUCUGAUUGGCAAGCCCUUUUUGGUGAGAAGAACAGUGAUGAUGAGUUUAUGUUAGGCAUUAAGCAUACAAGGAAGAGCAUUAGACUGUAUGGUGACUUCUAUUCCUCGGACAUGAUUAUUGCUUCCCCUCUCAAGUUACAUAUGGCAAUUGGUCAAGCAGAAGAAAACAAGGAAAGGGAUGUUGAUUAUCUGUCCUCCAUUGAGGUUUUGAUUAUUGAUCAUGCAGAUAUAAUAUCUAUGCAGAAUUGGUCGUUCCUUGCUACAGUCGUCGACCACAUAAAUAGAUUGCCAACAAAGCAACAUGGUACCAAUGUCAUGCGGAUCCGGCCGUUGUAUUUGGACGGACAGGCACGGUUCUAUCGACAGUCGAUAAUUCUAAGUUCCUAUUUAACUCCAGAGAUGAAUGGUCUAUUCAAUCGCCAAUGCUUGAACUAUAAAGGAAGGAUAAAGCUGGCGUGUGAAUACAAAGGUGUUCUCGAGAAAGUGUUGCUCCCUGUCCGUCAGAUUUAUGAAAGAUUUGAUGCAGACUCCAUGACCCAAGCAGACAACGCCCGCCUUGAAUAUUUUACCAAAAAGAUAUUCCCAAAGAUCAAAGAUUCUGUUCAGGGAGGAGUCAUGAUCUUUAUUCCUUCUUACUACGAUUUCGUCAGGGUUAGAAACUAUCUGAAGUCGCAGAAUGCCUCUUUCUGUCUUCUUGGAGACUAUACAAAGAAUGCGGAUAUAUCCCGUGCACGAGAAUGGUUUUUCGCAGGGAGCCGAAAGAUCAUGCUUUACACUGAGAGGGCAUACUUCUAUCGUAGAUACAAGAUCCGUGGCAUAAAGAACUUGAUAUUCUAUUCUCUUCCGGAGCGAAAGGAGUUCUACCCUGAGAUAAUGAACAUGCUUGAUGAAGGAUCGUAUGACAUGAUGUCCACUGCACUUUUUUCUCGUUUUGAUCUGCUCAAGAUGGAAAGGAUCGUUGGGACUGCUUACGCAAAUAGAAUGAUCAGUUCUGAUAAGAGCAUCUUUGCUUUCUGUUAAGGAGUCGAGAAUGUUCAAGCACCCCCAAGCCUUUUUUUUGUUCACUUAAAAAUUCAAAUGGUUUGUUGGCAUAAACACAAAUGUUGCUAUUUAAUAUUUAUUUUAGUUUUGAUUCUAUGGUCAGAUAUACAGUGAACCGAUUUAAACCGAUUCUAUUCUGUUUACACCGAUUUUAUAA